CAGGAGCGGCCGGGUGGCGGUAGGAACCAUUACAGGAACUGAAGCUGCCGAUUAAGUCUGAGCAAGAUGACAACCUCCCAAAAGCACCCAGACUUCGUGGCAGAGCCCAUGGGGGAAAAGCCAGUGGGGAGCCUGGCCGGGAUUGGUGAAGUCCUGGGCAAGAAGCUGGAGGAAAGGGACUUUGACAAGGCCUAUGUUGUCCUUCGCCAGUUUUUGGUGCUAAAGAAAGAUGAAGAUCUCUUCCGGGAAUGGCUGAAGGACACUUGUGGCGCCAACGCCAAGCAGUCCCGGGACUGCUUUGGAUGCCUUCGGGAGUGGUGCGACACCUUCUUGUGAUGCUCUCUGGGAAGCUGUCAAUCCCCAGCCCUCAUCCAGAGUUUGCAGCCGAGUAGGGACUCCUCCCCUGUCCGCUACAAAGGAAAAGAUUGCUAUUGUCCUACUCACCUCUGACGUACUCCAGGGUCUUUGGGAGUUUUCUCCCCUAACCAUUUUAACUUUUUUGGAUUCUCGCUCUUGCAUGCCUCCCUAUUCCUUUUUCCCUUGCCAGUUCCCUGGUGACAGUUACUGGCUUUCCUGGAUGGAUUCCUGGCCCUAUCCCUCACCCCCAUCCUCACUUUCAGUCCGUAUGAUGCCAUUUGGCUCCUUUUUUGGCAGAACAGCCACUGUCGUUGUAAAGUUUUUUAGAUCAAUAAAGUCAGUGGCUUUCAAAAAAAAAAAAAAAAA